AUGGCGGACGACGAGGACGUCGUGGAGGUACCGUUCCCAGUGGUGUUCCAGUGCCGCGUGUGCCGAGCCAUUGUCGCCGACUCGACGGCACUCUCGGCAAGUGACGUUGACCAGCGAACCAUCACAUUCUGCCGCGUGACCCAUGUGCAACGAAGUCCGACGACAACUGCCGACUGUGGCAACUCGUUCCAACAGCUCUCGUGCACGCAGUGUGACGGUGUCCUGGGCAAGUUCUACAUUGGAACGAUCCGUGCCUUGGACAAGGUGCGCGACCUUUACACAUUGGACGCAUCUGCCCUCACCAAUUACCGCAUUGGCACUGUUGUCGACGACGCUGUGACGUCCCCACCACAAGACCACGUUCUUUUCGCAAAUGACCCCACUGCAGCUGAAACUACAUUAACAGUCGAGCAGUUUCGCUCUGACAUGGACAAGGUCCAAAACUUUCUCCUGCUCGUCGAUGAACGCUUAAGUGACAUCGAGGAUGCACUUCAACGGUGAUCCAUGACGCGUCCUCCCUCCUUUCGCCGGCGGCGCCGUCGUUCUCUCGAAGUUGUUCGCCCGCAAUCCUCGCACGAAAGCUUCCGCGAUCAUCAAUACACGCUGUGUGCGUGUCACGCCCAAAAGAUUUUCCACCACCACACGAAAAAUGAAAAUUGCAUUCGUUUUUCAAGUACUUUUAUCAAGCAUAUAUACCUUUCGUCCAUCGACAGACCAAUCAAACGAAUUUCAGCGGAAUUUUAGCCAAUCGAAAUAAAGAAGCAAUUUUGGACAC